AACAAAAGAAACCCCAACCAGCCAAACCCUGGAGGCCGGAGACAGGCCCACCUCUGACGUGGUCAGGUGUAGGAAUCUAUUCAGACGUUCCCGUUACGGGUCUUACUGCUAGGAGCCACCGGACUCCUCUGGAACAAAGGCUUGAGUCCUGAAUCCUUUCCGUGGAAUGCUUUACGAAACGGCUGUGAAGCGGGGGUGGGGUGGCUGGUUUUAAUAGGUCCAGGCGAUUAGUCCCUGGCAGCCUUAACCACCCUACAGUUUGAGAGGGGAGUGGGUGAUAAUCUCAAAAGCCUGGAAGGAAAGGGAAAUCAGGCCGGGCGUUACACUCCGUCGCCCAUCAGUAGGCAAGGCCAUUUUGGGAAAGCGCGAGAACGCCUUCUGCUCUGGGCUUUUACAGCCGAAUCCAGCUCUCAGGCUUUAACAACGAAGGGGCUGUGACUGCCUCUUUUCUCAACCAAUCAGCAUCGACUUCAUUUGCAUAGGCGGAUAGCGAAUGUUCGGGAAUCUAGAAUGAUUUAAGUAAGUUCCUUAAAAUAUUACUUUUUCCUACUGAAAGUUACAACAUGCAUCGUCGUUUAUACAGUAACAGGAACAAGAAAAGCGGCACCUGAGCUCACCCUCACCGUUCGUGGAGUUCAUGCACAGCCCACCUUCUCUCCAGGCGCAUGCCUAGCAGUGUUACAGCUCUUUUAGAAUUUGUCUAGCAGGCUUUCCGGUUUUCGCCGGAAAGCCCCUUUCACGCGGGUCGUUCUUAACAAUAGAGAGUGUUGUGUGGGCGGAAUUGCCACUGUGUUUCUAUCUGUAGUGCGUGGUCUUCCCGGCCCAAAAGCUGCUUGUAAUUUUUGAGUGCGGAGGUUCGGGCCGCCUUGAGGCUUCCGGCUGCGCCUGAUGCUGCUUCCUUUCCGCUCUCACUCGCCUUGGGGACUGUGCUAGGACGUGGCUCCUUCUUCCUGAGCCUUCCAUUACUUCCGCUGCGCUUGCAGCUUCUGCCGCCCUAUGGCGUCCGCCUCGGCCCCGCCUGCGGCUCUGAGCGCUGAGCAGGCGAAGGUGGUCCUGGCGGAGGUGAUCCAGGCGUUCUCCGCCCCGGAGAAUGCAGUGCGUAUGGACGAGGCUCGGGAUAACGCAUGCAACGACAUGGGUGUCCUCAAGUUUGCCCGCUUGGUCAAAUCCUACGAAGCCCAGGAUCCUGAGAUUGCCAGCCUGUCAGGCAAGCUGAAGGCACUGUUCCUGCCACCCAUGACGCUGCCACCCCAUGGACCUGCUGCUGGUGGCAGCGUGGCUGCCUCCUGAGAGUUGGCCCUCCCUUGUGCCACUGCCAGGGAAAGAAAGGCCUUGAUGUUCCAGACAAUAAUAAACGUGUCUGCGACU